AUGGAAGCUACGAAAGUGAUUGCAAAAGAUCUUGGGUUCUUUUUGACACAUUCAUCAACCAAAUCAAAUGAUGGCGAGAAGUACCCCCGAAUAUAUCUUCACCGCCAUCGUGGAUAUAAGAACAAUACAUAUGUCCCAGAUCCGGAUAAGAAAGGACGAUCCAACACAAAGUCACUUAAAGAUGGUUGUCGUUUUCGAGUGAGACUGGUGGGACUCCCGGAGGAUAAGACCACACUUGACGACGUACCAAUGUCGAGAGUCUUAGUUGACAAUGGCGCCGCAGUAAACGUGAUGCCAACAAGGAUGCUGAAGAAGUUGGGCAAGAACACUAAUGACUUGAUCCCAACAGAAGUGUUUGUGACAAGUUUCAAUGGCGGGUCCACUUCUGCUAGGGGAAUCCUCCCAGUGGUCGUGGGAGUUGGAUCACAGAAGCGGAUGAGUGCUUUCUUCGUGGUGGAUGGAAUGAUAAGCUACAACGCACUACUUGGUCGGGAUUGGAUCCACGCCAACAAGUGUGUUCCUUCAUCACUGCAUCAGUGUUUGAUGUUUUGGAAUGAAGACGGUGUUGUUGAGGUGGUACAGGCUGACACAAAGCCGUUUGCCGUUGGGGCCAACGUGGCCGAAGCUUAUUUGUACCAUGGAGAUUUUGGACCACUCGAAAUCAGGAGCGGGGAUGGAGGAACGACCAACGUCAUAGUGUCAAGUGCACAGGUGUUGAGUAAGGCGUGUUUGGAUCCAUUGUCCGAAAUCGUGAGACCAUCGAUGAUCACAUUGGAUGGUCCACCGAAAUCUGUUAAACAAGUCGAUGAUGAGUGA